GUGUUUUAUCUGUCAGCCUGACAUAUCGUAGUUUCUUCUACUUUUCUAUUCGCUUCGCAUUCGGGUUCCGUUUUUUUUUUUUGUAAUUAGUCAUUUUUCUCACAUUGGAUAUGAUCGCACUACUAUUUCUCUAACAAGAUUCAAUCGAAAAUAAUAAAUUAUCGAUAUGAAGCAUCAACAGAUCUCGGUCGAUUUUGUAAGUAUGGUGUUCACUGCCUGUUCGUACUUGGCUCUUGCUGGAGCCGUUUGGAUAUUCUUACGACUCAUUCAGGCGUGUUUUUGGCUACCACGUCAUCUGAAAAGGCAAAACGAUGUACAGCGUAUGUUACAAGAUAAGGUUGAGAGUUAUGAGAAGUACAUAUUGGAAUGCGAAGAAAAAGAAAAAUCUGAGCAAGAAACGCGUGGCGAAGAUGUCAAGGUGGAUCCCGUGCAGGCAGAGAAAUGGAAAGAACGCAGGGAAUGUCUGGAGAUGUUGAAGAGGGAAUUGAGUAAGGUGCGCGAUAGUGGUGAUAAGUCCUUCGACUGGGACUACCUUCUGGAGGACGAGGAAACAAAGGAGGAUGGUGUGAAUAUUACUGAAGUUCAAGGGGAUGAAAAUUCGAAAAGUGAACGUAUCGAUCAAUUGAACGCUGAUGCAAAGAUGACAAAGCAAACGGUUGAUUCGGAACGUAAGAAAGAGAAAUAGUUGCAUUCUGUACUAUAACGACAUUCGCGCCGACAGAUCGGUACUUACGGAAUUUAAGAAUCUGUUGAAAAUGCAUUCUCAAUCAAUCUAAAUGUCUGGACUACAAUGAAAAAAACAAUACGUCAGAAUGUCUUGCGUGCGAUUUGGUAACAUUCUAAAGUACUGACUACCAAUAAUAGAUUUCUUUUUCAACGUAGCGUUGCUAGUACCUAUUCCUACAACGACUAGUUUUCUAAGUAGUUUUGAUAGAUAUCUUUCAUCUAUAUAGUCACUUGACGACGGGACACAUCGAUUCAAUAAUUAAUACUGACUAUAUUCAAUCGUUUAAUCGUAGACCCUACGAAGUAUGUUAAUAUAGAGAUCCCUACUUUACGUGUAUCGAAAUACCCGGGUACACGGGUAAUUAAUGGAUCCGUGUUUUAAUACGUGUAUUUUUAAUACACGGGUAACCGGGCAUCGACAUACACUGACACUCGGAUAUCUAAAUACACGGGUACCCGAGUAUCGAAAUACACGGAUAUCCAGGUACGUAUACCUGCAUCGAAAUACACGGUUACGCAUACAUCGAAUUAUACGGGUACAGUAUCCAAUUAUUUUUAUAUACAAACUUUUAUGUAACAAAGCCAUUAUUCUAAAAUAAUGAUCCUUAUAAAUUUUGAAUAAAUUGAUAUGCAGUAAAAUAAAUAAAUAAAAAAAAUAUAAACACAAGAAGAAUAAAUAUAACAGAAUAAAUUUUUUACUGUAAUUUAUAGAACUUUAUUUACUAGUUAAAAUAAAUAUUCAAGUCACGGGUAACAAUAGAUAAUUCGAUGUAUGCGUACUCGUGUAUUUCGAUAUCCGGGUACCCGUUUAUUAAAAAUGCCCGUGUUUUUAAUCCUUUAAUAGACGGUACAUGUGUUCCGUGUACCCGUGUAUUUUAAUACCCGUCCAAAACCGUGAUCUCUAAUGUUAAAUAAAUGUAUUUUGUUCUAAUCAAUUACAAUCACUUUUCUUACAAAAUUAAUAGCAUCGAAAUACGAUAAAAGCAAAAAAUUAAUACGCGAAACUAGAUUCGUAAUCGAUACUUGAUACGUUAAGACAGUUAUUUAUUUCAACUUGUAAGUCAAGUUCACAACGUGCCUACCUCGAAACAUACUUGCGUGCCUCUGUAAAUCACGUCGUAACCUUCGCGAUUUGUGCAGUAUUAAUCACAUACUCAUCGAUUUCUACGCUAUAAUUAAUCUACUACGACGUACUAUUUCGAUGUCUCAUUGUUCGUUACUUAUGUACGUUUAAAAAUACCCCCAACGACAUCAUUUUUAUAAAAAUGUUUAACAAAGUGUCUUUAUCCUUACAACGAAAAUAAAAUGUAAACGUCGAACGAUGUUUAUUUUCGAACGUGAUUAACGAUAAACGUAAGAAGUUGAUAUACUUUCUUCAUAAAAUGCGUUCUGGACGCGGGAGAUAAUUAUGUUGUUGAAAAUACAUCCGAUAAAGAAUAUAAUGUCAUAUAGAUACUGCAAUUUCUAUAAUUAUAAUAGUUUCGUAUCACAAUUUAUAUUUAAUACAGAGUAAAGCAAAGUUUAGACUGACUACCGUUGAAUCGCUUACAUCUUUACAUGUUAUUUUGAUGCAACUGUUGCACAGUAUUUUUUAUGUAUAAAGAAGGUUUGCCUACUUUUUAAACGUGUUGUAUACUUACAUUUGUACUGUUUGAGUGAUAAAUUUAUUGAAAAAGGAAAAUAUAUUCUACUUAUACGAUGA